CCGACGCAGUAUGGCCGACAAAUAAGGACGGACAUCCCCACUGGGUCACAGAUGGCAUCUCCAAGUAUCGCGAGACUUGAAUAGUAACUCGUGGCUGUAACUUCAACCAAUGAGAAUGUAUCUUAAUCGUUUCCGGAGCGGGAACUCAUUUGUUUUGGCCAUCAUGGACGUGGAGAUAAUGGAAUCACAGAGCGAGAAGAAAGCCGUAAAUGACCCAAACAAGCCGGACAAGGAGGCUGAGGACAGGGGCAGCACGAGUUCCGGCCCCUACGAGCUGCCCUGGGUGGAGAAGUACAGGCCGCUUAAACUAAACGAGAUCGUGGGAAACGAGGACACUGUGAGCCGCCUGGAGGUGUUCGCCCGGGAAGGAAACGUUCCUAACAUCAUCAUAGCGGGUCCCCCCGGAACCGGAAAGACCACCAGCAUCCUAUGUUUGGCCCGAGCGCUGCUUGGCGCCUCCAUGAAGGACGCCGUGUUGGAGCUCAACGCCUCUAACGACAGGGGGAUUGACGUAGUGAGGAACAAGAUCAAGAUGUUUGCCCAGCAGAAGGUAACAUUGCCAAAGGGACGACACAAGAUCAUUAUCCUGGAUGAAGCUGACAGUAUGACCGACGGAGCUCAGCAGGCAUUGAGGAGGAUCAUGGAGAUCUACUCUAAGACGACGCGCUUCGCCCUGGCCUGCAAUGCCUCUGACAAAAUCAUCGAACCUAUCCAGUCGCGCUGUGCUGUUCUCCGCUACUCCAAACUGACUGACGGGCAAAUCCUUGCGCGGCUGCAGGACGUGGUAGAGAAGGAGCGGCUGUCCGUGUCCGACGACGGCUUGGAGGCCAUCAUCUUCACUGCACAGGGGGAUAUGCGGCAGGCUCUUAACAACCUGCAGUCCACCCACUCUGGCUUCGGCUACAUCAACAGCGAGAACGUCUUCAAGGUGUGCGAUGAGCCGCAUCCCCUGCUGGUGAAAGGCAUGCUGGGACACUGCGUGGAUGGAAAUGUAGAUGAAGCAUACAAGGUGGUGGAGCAGCUGUGGGCGCUGGGCUACUCGCCAGAAGACAUCAUCGGAAACAUCUUCAGAGUGUGCAAGACCUACCAGAUGGCCGAGUACCUCAAAUUGGAGUUCAUCAAAGAGAUAGGAUACACACACAUGCGGAUUGUGGAGGGUGUUAACUCGCUGCUGCAGCUGGCCGGAUUGGUGGCACGUCUAUGCAAUAAGACAACACCCCCUGAUGCCUCCUAGCGGCGCUGAGGACUUCCGAUUGACCGCAUGGAAUAAAUCAAGCUUUAACACAAUGUACAUUGCUUCAUAGCCUUCAAAGAAAUCAAACUCUUUCUGUACUAAUAAAUCUAAUUUUGUUAAAUUUCCUGUUUCAGACAGAAACGACACAAGUUGCUCUUCACAUUUCAUUUCAUUUUAUUCCAAAUAUUUCAUUCGGAAAGCUUCAGUACAAAUGUUCCAAGUUGUAACAAAGCCACAUUUACACACUACAAAUAAAUUAAAACUUUGGACACCUCCCACAUUCCACUGGGAAGCCUAACAGCAAAACUGGUAAACAAAUGAUUCCAUCAAGUGUGGCAAAGAAUCAGAUUUCACUUUAUUCCUCUUUAUCAGUAACAUAUUGUGUAUUUGUUAUGCAACAUGUUUUCGCUCAAUAAAGUUUGACAAAUUCUGGCAAACUACGUUAUCCAGUCAAUACCAAAAUUCAAAAAUAAUCCAUCACUCGCGCUGUGUAACUUGAUAGCCUUUGGUGUCCAAUCCUUUAGUUAUCAACGGCUGAACAACUUACGAGACGGUAAACACUGGACCAUUUUCAUGCCAAAAGUCCACUGGGAGCAUGCCUGGCUUUGUCCAAACAUUUCAAAAGUUGGGAGGGGGAUAUAGUUUUAGCCAUGCUAGCACCACCUCACACAACAUAAUAGCAAAAAAAAAAGGUUAUACAAGCAGGAAAGAAUUAAAAAUCAUAUUAGGGCUGCAACUUAAUUGAACGAUUAAUCGGGUAAAUGUCACAUUUUUCAAUUAGCUUCACAAUUUACCUUGAAAUUGUUGUAGGCAUACUGCAAGUAACAAUGAAGACAAAAUGUAUGACUAUUUCCUUCAAAAAUAUUUUAUUAAAGCUUCCUGACUUAACUGGGGUCCACAACUAUCGAUUAUCAAAUUCAUUGGCAACUAAUUAAUCGAUUUAGUCGAUUAGUUGUUGCAGCCAUAUUAAGAAGUUUAGACAGUAAGAUGUCUGAAAAUUGGCAAAAAUGUGAAUUGUUUUCCAAAGUAAUAGCAGAUUUUUGUUCCUGUCCUACUUAAUGAGAAUAUGAAGAAAUCUGAUAUUUACAACUUAAGUUUUAUGUAAUAAUUUCAAGAAUUUGGACAAAUUUAGGCUGAAAAAGGUCCUAACUGAUUAACUGGUUAUCAAAAUAGUUGUCGAUUUAAUUGCUAAUCGAUUGGAUAUCGAUUAUUUGUUGUACCUCUAAGACCAAUGUAUUUUAGAAUUAGGCCACACUUAAAUAAUGUACUCUGUGUGUAUGAAUUGACACAUAAAAUUAUUAAAGUCAACUCAUUGGCUGCCAUUAAUGACUAGUCCAAUCCAUUUGAACAGGAAUGGGUGGCAGAAAGAAGUACUUGGCUUUCUAGAGUACCUUUAUCAUCCCUAACAUUAAAAUAUAGUAGUGUACCAAGCCCAUAUGUUAAAUAUUUUAAUUUUUUAAAAUUAAAUUUAAAUGUACUUUAGGAUUAAGAAAAAUGAUAUUACGUUCAGAGGUUGGGUCAAAAUAUUUGAAAAUGCACUGUUCUACAACUUUAAAUGAACUGUACCGGAUUAAUGAUUGUUUGAACAUUUAAUUUAGUCAAUCUGGUGAUACCCGUACCACACUGUACUAAUAAAUAUGUUGGUGUGCCAAUAUUUUUUUCCCUUGAUGUAAAAUACAGUACAGUAGUUCAAUAAAAAUUGG